UUCAGCAUCUGAUCAAAGAGUGGUAAGAAGAAAUGUUCUGCCUGAAGGAUUUCAGUGUUUUCCUCCCAUGCCUGCUCCUCUUCAUAAUCCAGCCAGGUCGUGGUUCUGAGAUCAUUGAUGGGAAAGAAGUCUGGCCACACUCGCUGCCUUUCAUGGCUUAUCUGAGAAGUGAAGAAUUGUACUGUGGCGGGACUUUAAUCCAUCCACAGUGGGUCCUGACGGCCGCCCACUGCACUAAUAUAACUAAAGUGACCCUGGGAGUGCACUCCAUCACGAAAGAGGAAAAAUAUUCUAAGCAGGUCCGAGAGGUUGAGAAACGUUUUCCUCAUCCCGACUAUCAGAAUCUAUCCCAGGGCAAUGACCUCAUGUUGCUCAAGCUUAAGAAACCAGCGAAGAGAACCAGGACUGUAAAAUGGCUCAAGUUUGGCCGAACUGUCAGAGACCCUGCAGGUGGCAGUAAGUGUCUGGUGGCUGGAUGGGGACAGACUGAAAAUUCACACUCGUCAGAUGUCCUCAUGUCUGUCAGUGUGACUGUGGUCGACAGAGAGAAGUGCAACUCUUGUGAUUACUACAACCACAGACCUUUUAUCACCAGUGACAUGAUCUGUGCUGGUUCAAAUGGUGCAAACAAGGCUGAUACCUGUGCUGGGGAUUCAGGAGGGCCGCUGUUGUGCAAGAGACAGCUUGUUGGAGUCACUUCGUUUGGACCUGCCGAGUGUGGUACCAUUGAUAAACCUGGAGUCUAUUCAUUUAUCUCAGAGAAGCAACUCAAGUGGAUCAAAGAAACAAUGAAGUCAUAUGAAUGAAUCCAUAAGGGUCACUCCAUAUGAGCUGAGCAAGAUCUUUGAUGAUUUCAUGUUAAAUCUGUCAAUGCUGUCAUUGUAAACCAAUUACUUGAUCAGUAUCCAUUUUUCAUUUUAUUGAUUCUCUUAUACUUUAGUUUCUGCUAGCUUGCUUUAAUUUUGACAGAUUAUGCACAUAUAUAACAGCAGCCCGCUCAUUGUUAGCCCUUUCCACUGAAGGAAGUUAAGGCAGAUAAAAAAGGCAAAAACAUUAUUAGGAAUGACCCCCUCCCCC